AUGGCCGAUUUCGCUUCUUCCAAGAACAUUAAAUCUGAAGCUAUAGAAGUGCCGUCAUGGACGAGUAGUAAAGGUACUGACUCUCUUCGUGGUCGACCUGGAUACAGCCAGCAUAAAACCAACAGGAAUACAGCCAUCAGGGAAGCAGUCAGCUGGCAUACAGCUAGCAGCAAUACAGACGGCAGGGAUACAGCGAGCCGGCAUACAGCUAGCAGGGAUACAUCCAACAGGGAUACAACCGGCAUAAAACCAACAGGAAUACAGCCAGCCGGCAUACAGCUAGCAGGAAUACAGCCAGCCGGCAUACAGCUAGCAGGAAUACAGCCAGCCGGCAUACAGCUACCAGGAAUACAGCCAGCAUAG